AUGUCAAGACAGCUGGCGGAAGUUGCACCAGACUGUUGCUUCGUUUACACAAAUGGACAAUUAUUGGAGAUUCGGAAGUGUAACUCGUGCCACGAGCCAUCAGAAAUAAUGAAAAUAAUCUCAAUGGUGGAUUCAGAUAGCUUCGGAAACUAUCUCAUAAUGAGAGACAUAGCUCACGGAAUGAAUAAGCCACGAAUCAUCGACUUGAAACUCGGAACUCGUACCCACAGCGAUUUCAUAUCCGAAGAGAAAAAAGCGUUACACAUCCGCAAAAGUGUCCUUACAACGACGUCCUCGCUCGGAAUUCGUCUGUGCGGCGCCCGUUUCACCGGGAAGGACGAUCGACAGGAGACUCAAUGGACAAAAGGCCUUGGGAAGACCAUGUCCAAUGAAAAAUUUUGGAAUGCAAUGAAGAUAUUCUUCGAUAUCCCGCAAACCCAGAAAUUUUCUGUCAUCCGCCAGCUCUUGAAGAUCAGAGCGGUCAUUGAAUCCAGUCCCACUCAUCGCUACUUCGGAUGCUCAAUUCUCAUUAUUAUCGAUGAUGAAGAGGAAUGCCACGUCCACACAAAGCUGAUUGAUUUCGCUAGUAUGGCUCGCUCGGAAGUGGACACCCCACAGUACGAGGAUGUCGAUGAGGGAGCCAUGAUGGGAGUCAACAACCUCCUCCAGAUUCUCAAUGCUUGA